AUGUCCUCGCGCAAGAAGCUAUUGAAGGUCAUUAUCCUCGGCGAUAGCGGUGUCGGCAAGACCAGUUUGAUGAACCAAUAUGUACGAUACCUACCCCCAUCGACUGUACCGAGCAGGAAGAUCAAGAGCAAGGACAACGAGACUGAUGGAUGUGUUGCUCUCAGNGUCAACAAGAAGUUCAGCGCUAGUUACAAGGCCACCAUCGGCGCAGACUUCNNCCUCACAAAAGAGGUUCUGGUCGACGAUCGACUAGUCACCAUGCAGCUCUGGGAUACCGCUGGUCAGGAGAGAUUCCAAUCGCUUGGUGUUGCUUUCUAUCGUGGUGCCGACUGCUGUGUGCUGGUCUACGAUGUCAACAACUCCAAAAGUUUCGACACCCUCGACAGCUGGAGAGACGAAUUCUUGAUCCAAGCCAGCCCUAUGGAUCCCGAAAGCUUCCCAUUCGUAAGCGAUUACCUCGUGUGCAAGGCUGGAUCGAAGAUGAUACUAACAAACACUAGNGUCGUGCUCGGCAACAAGGUGGAUGUGGAAGAGAGCAAGCGCAUGUCCAAGGGUGGUAUCCCAUACUUCGAGACCAGUGCCAAAGAGGCCAUCAACGUUGAGCAAGCCUUUGAAGUGAUUGCCCGCAACGCUCUAGCCCAAGAAGAGAGCGGCGACUUCAACGCAGACUACCCCGAAACGAUCCCCAUCAACCUCGACAACGAGCGUGACGGCUGCGCUUGCUAG